AUGAAGUUUUCAAGUUUGUUACCACUAGCAGUUUUCUCAGGAUUAGUCACUUCAAAAAACAUAUUUGAUUUGGAAUCUUUGCAGCAAGGGUUGCUAGACGAAGAAACCGCAACCAACGAUAAACGGGAACCCGUUAAUAUACUUCAUUUAGAUAGAUUUAAAAUGGGGGUUUCGGGAGAGGAAAAAGACAAUGCAAAGUCUAAAAGAGAUCCAAAGAACGUUAUUGAUUUAGCUAGCUUGAAAGUAGGUUCAACAGAAGAAGAGGAAGAACAAAAAGAUAAAAGAGAACCAAAAAACUUAUUCAAUUUACAAGCUUUGAAUGAAGGUUUAAAAGAUGAGGAAACCAAGAACAAAAGAGAGGCUAAAAAUUUACCAAAUUUGGAUGCAUUAGAAGAGGCCUUGAAAGGUGGAGGUUUACCCAAAAAAGACGCAAAGAAUUUGAUUGAUUUAGUAGCUUUGAAACAGAGUUUGGAGAAGGAUGCCGCUAAAAGAGAUGCCAAAAACAUACCAAACUUACAAGCUUUAAGGACAGGUAUUGAAGAAGAAGAAGAUGGUUCAGUUGCCAAAAGAGAUGCUAAGAACGUUAUUAAUUUGAAUAGCUUUAUUGAAACUUCAUCUAAGAGAGAGGGCAAGAACUUAUUUGACUUGACCAAGUUUCAACAAUCAGGACAACAAAUAAAGAAAAGAGACCAAACGAUAUUGACACAAGAAAAAUCAUUAUUUGUUUUGGAUUCAGUUGACUGUUAUAACAACCUUUUGCAAUCCAUUUUGCCACAAUUGUCAUCCAUCUCAAUUUUUUCAAGUUACAUUCGUCAGUUUGCUAGCAUUGAUGCAAGAACUGCCAACCCUCAAGAAGUAAUUUUAAUCGUUGCUCCUGAUAAUGACUCUUUAGAAACCAAGUUGUCGGAUUUAAAACCAUGGGAGUUCCCAGAACUAAUUACUCCCGAACAAUCCGAACAAGAACAGGAUAAAACAUUGAAAAAGAAUUUAUUACAUUUCUUGAAUGGCCAUUUGAUCAAUAACUUUGAAGAAAAUCUUGUUAUUGAUAAGAGUUCCGCUGAAGCAGUUACAAUUAUUUCCAAACUAAAUAACGGGAAAUUUUUGAAAAUUAAACAAGAUCAAUUAAGUCAAAAAUUUUCUAUUCGUUUGCUUGAUAGUGAAGAUUGGAUUGAUGUUGAAACUAUCAAACAAGUAGAGAAUGGAUUUGUGUUAAUAAUAAAUGAUUCCUUGGUUAAACCUUGA